GCUCGAAAGCUACAAGCCCGUGUCUGGACUGGAAGCAGCAGCAGCAAAAAUGGCAGCGCCACCUCUCGGCCUCGCCCGUCGGUUCGCCGGCGUCUUCACCUCCCCGGCCGUGGCGCAUUCCGGCUCCCGCCCCCGAAGCCUCCGUCCUGGUCUUGGUCUCCUCCCUUCGAAGAGAUGGAGCGGGGUGGUGAGGAUGGGGGCGGUGGUCGGAGGCGGUCAGGAGGGGGAGGAUGAGGAGCUGAGGCAGACCAAGGAGCAGGCCGCCGCCAGGAGGCGGUGGGAGACCCUGAUUAGGGAGCAGAAAAUUAAAACCCUCACACCCAGGGAAGCCGGUUAUACCUACAAACUGACAGACAAGGCUCUUCUGGAUGUCAGGCCCUCAAAUGAGCGUCAAAAGGCCUGGGUGAAAGGCUCUACCUGGAUUCCUGUAUUUGACGUGGACACAUCGGUUGAUCUGGGCGGACUUAGCAAGAAAGUCAGCAACUUUGUAAUGGGUGGCUGGUGGAGUGGCAGCUCAACAUUGUCAUUUAAUAAGAACUUUGUACAGCAGGUUGAGGAGAAGUUUUCUAAAGACACAGACAUAAUACUAGUGUGCCAGAAAGGACUUAGAUCACUUGCCGCAUGUGAACAGCUGUACAAUGCUGGUUUUGAAAAUUUGUUCUGGGUUCAAGGAGGCCUGGAAGCCGCUGAAGAGGAGGACUUUGAGAGGGAAGGUUCCCAGCCUUUCAAGCUUGCUGCUAUUGGAGGGGUUUCUGAAUUCUUUGGGUGGACGGACCAGCAACGCAGACAGGCCGCGAAGGAAGGACUGGGAUACCGGCUAGUCUUCACUGGCCGCUUGGUCGGAGCACUGGUUCUUCUUGACGCUUUGUUUUUAGGCGCUCAAAGAAUCGGCCCUCUACUUCAAGAAAUGCAAUCCCACUGAUCCCUGCAGAAUGUUCUUGUGGCAUUUCAUCAAGGUAGCUCUGCAAUGGCGUUGGCGUGCCGUCAAAGACGAGGGUCUUGUACUCGCAGGCCUAGCCUGCUGAUCAUACAUGGUGUAUUCUGGUCUCAUGGUUGCGUAGUAGAUUGAUUUUGUGUAGCAUAAACGUGAUUUUUUUUGUGUGAUUUUUUUUUAAGGAAUCAACGGGGCCAAGGAGCGCACCUGAACUUUUAUAUUCCA